CCGGUUUGAAGAGCCAAAACAAACCUGCGUGAUUUUGCACAGUAGAGAUUACAUUUUGUGGAAAUCUUACUAAAUAGCAACAACAUGAGUCGAAGGAAAAGGGCGAAGGUGGAAUAUAGAGAAAUGGAAGAAAAGUAUAAUCAGUUAGAGGAUGAAAAUGCUUCAGACACAUCUGAGAAAUCUAAAACUGGUCUAGUAACACCAGAGAAAAAAGUUGUGCCUGAAGUAAAGAAAGAGGUUGAUGCUGCCAUGCCACAAUCUGUUCCUACAUCUUCGGCAACAAAAGUGGAAGUGAAAGAAGAGGAUGAUCAAGAUAGUGAUCAUGAAGAUCCACAUGUGAAAGAAUUACUUAAUGGAUUAGAAGGGGCAGCAUUUCAAAGUCGUCUUCCAUUUGAUAAAUUAACUUCUACAGAGGCAGCUUGUUUCCCAGAUGUUUCCGGCGGUCCACCACAAACUCAGAAAGUUUUCCUUCAUAUAAGAAACAGACUGUUGCAACUAUGGCUAGAGAAUCCAAAACAACAAUUGAUCAUUGAAAAUGCACUGCCAGCUAUCGAACCACCUUAUAACAGUGACACUGUAUUAGCACGUCGAAUUCAUGCAUUUUUAGAAAGGCAUGGUUUUAUAAACUUUGGUGUAUUCAAGCGAUUUAAGCCAUUACCUACUAAGAAGUUAGGUAAAGUAAUUGUAAUUGGGGCAGGUAUUGCUGGUUUAGCUGCAGCUCAACAGAUGCAGCAAUUUGGUUUAGAAGUAAUCGUCCUCGAAGCAAGGGAUCGCGUUGGUGGUCGCAUUGCAACUUUUCGUAAAUCUUCGUACAUUGCUGACCUUGGUGCAAUGGUAGUUACAGGUUUAGGUGGGAAUCCCGUAACAACGCUUAGUAAACAAAUUAAUAUGGAACUCCACAAAAUUAGACAAAAGUGUCCUUUGUACGAAAGCGACGGUCGAACGGUUCCAAAAGAUAAGGAUGAAAUGGUAGAAAGGGAAUUUAAUAGGUUAUUGGAGGCAACAUCGUAUCUUUCGCAUCAAUUAGAUUUCAAUUACGUGGGUAAUGCUGGAUCGACUGGCCAGGGUGGUAACACGCGACCCGUGUCUUUAGGUCAAGCAUUAGAGUGGGUGAUACGUUUGCAAGAACAAGGCGUUAAACAACGUCAAGUUGCUCAUCUACGUUCCGUGUUAUCGCUUCAAGGAAGACUUAUCACUAAUCAACACAGAAUGAUAUCGAUCAUGGAUCGUUUGGUCGAGUUGAAUAAGCAAUAUAAAGAAAUGACCGAAAGUAAACUACAGACACGCGAUAUAACGCAAGAAUUCGUGUUACGUUCAAAAUUACGCGAUCUUCAUAACACGUGCAAGGAGUGGGAUCAAUUGUCGGAACAACAAAAGGAAAUCGAAGCAAAGCUACAGGAAUUGGAGGCUUCUCCUCCAAGUGAUGUGUACCUAUCUUCGAAGGAUCGUCAAAUACUGGAUUGGCAUUUCGCGAAUUUGGAAUUUGCCAACGCGACCUCGUUAUCGAAUUUGAGCCUAAAGCACUGGGAUCAGGACGAUGAUUUUGAAUUCACCGGCAGUCAUCUAACAGUUCGCAACGGAUAUUCGUGCGUACCUGUUGCUCUGUCGGAAGGCCUGGACAUCCGAUUGAACACAGCUGCCAGGGCGGUGCGAUACGGGGUAAAUGGCGUAGAAGUGUGGGCAGCACCCUCGCGCAGCCCCCACACAAAUCACACUGUCUACAAGGCGGACGCUGUGCUGGUCACGCUGCCGCUGGGCGUUCUGAAGGCUUCCGCCCCGCCGUCCGCGGUCGCCUUCAACCCGCCGCUUCCGGACUGGAAGUCUCAGGCCAUUCAGAGGCUCGGGUUCGGCAAUUUAAAUAAGGUGGUGCUGUGCUUUGAGCGGAUCUUCUGGGACCCGACCGCCAAUCUGUUCGGCCACGUGGGAAGCACGACAGCGUCGCGCGGGGAGCUUUUCCUCUUCUGGAAUUUGUACAAGGCGCCCGUGCUGUUGGCACUAGUGGCCGGCGAGGCGGCCUGCGUGAUGGAAAACGUCAGCGACGACGUCAUCGUCGGACGCUGCAUCGCCGUGUUGAAGGGUAUUUUCGGGAAUCAAGUGGUCCCUCAGCCCCGGGAAAGCGUGGUGACGAGAUGGAGGGCGGACCCCUGGGCUAGAGGCUCCUACAGUUUCGUCGCGGUCGGCAGUUCUGGCAGCGAUUACGAUCUCUUAGCAGCACCGGUCGCGCCGCCGACCACCCCCGGCGCCCCAGCCUUGCAGCCGAGAGUCUUUUUCGCAGGCGAGCAUACCAUAAGAAAUUAUCCGGCCACCGUGCACGGCGCGUUCCUCAGCGGGCUGCGCGAGGGUGGACGUAUCGCCGACCAGCUCUGCGGAAGCCCGUACGCGCCGCCAACGAUGCCGACUUCCGUUCCACCGCCGUCGGGAAUUCCGUCGGCGACCACUGGCACCAGCUCCACGCCUUAGUCGUUCCCGCGAGAAACGUCACGUUCGAACGACGAUGACCGUGUUGUUUUCGCUAGGACGACGGACAAACAGGAACACACAAUAACCCUCCAGAAUGAACGCGGUUGAACCGUUUCACCCGAGAUUUUGGUUAACCAUGCGCGUAUACGACUAUCCGGAUGUGAAUUAGUUAGGAAAAUCUGUCGAUAACCGGAUCCUCGAUCCGUUUGACGCGCGUUACCUCUCCGAUCCUGCUACGGUUCGACCGUCCAUCCUCUGAAUUGGCCCACGAACGAGGAGCUACGCGUAUUAUUCUUCGGAGCGAGUAAUUCUUCGCGCUAACAUCUCGCUAUACAAUUAAGCUUACUCUUGCAUUUAAAACUAUCGCGCGCACGCGUUAACGCCGGUUAUGUCACGAGCAUCAUGGAUUAUGAUGGCUGCAAUUCAGCCGUUCUCUUCAAAAAUAAUGUUAAUGUCGCGUUAAUAUAAGUACCAUGGUACUCGUGAUGUGUAAUUUAGCGACACCCAGUGCAGAAGAUUGGAAAGAUGGAAGGAGCGUAGCAGGAUCAUAUCGAUUCAUAAUAGAAUAGAUUCGUGCCUUUGCUUCGUUCCGCCUUUGUGAACCCUUAGUUUGUAUCAUACUAUAGAAUCGGUCCAUUGUACUCUUAGCGUAUUCUGUUACAUGAAAUAAUCUUUUUUACCAGCUUGAAACUGUAUGCAUGCUUCGUAAACGUCUCUGUCCGGAUCUUUCUGGCCUAUCGUGCUUCCGUUGCUCGUCGACGCGUUCUCCCGAUCGUCGCCAGUUUCCAGCACCGCUCGAGCGAGUCGCUCCGCACCGUUUCGCUUCGCUGGAUCGGAACAGACGUUUUUGUCGCCUCGAGUGUUCGCGAAUUACCCGCCGCGAGAGCCGUGGCCAAGCGCGUCUCCGCGGCGCUCGGCUGGCGUCCAGUUCGCUAAUCGGUUGGACGUCGCGACGCCUAAUGGACCAAACGGUUUCCUAAUGGACGGAUCGUGGCUUCGUCGAAGGACGAUCGCGUUCUCUGAUGCGGCGUUCGCCGGUGACCGAUCCAGGAAAUUAUCGAUCACCUGACGGAGAGAACUCGAUCCUCCGCGAUCCUCCGCGUUCCCUCCGCGUCUUGGACGUUCGAAUCGACGCGGAUGAAACGAGGUUUGCGUCCCCAACGCACACGUAUCUCUUUAAGACAUUCCAACCUGGUGGAACGCAUUCGAUCGCGCGCGAGAACCGUAUUGGCGAACCGAUUGCGAGCACGCGCAACAAUGUGUAAAAUUAAAUAGUUUAUACACGAAAAGCUCAUGUAUAUUGCGAUUAAAAGGCAGAGA